UGGUCGUUAUGGCUGAUAAUAGCAGAGAACUGAGAGUCUCUGAAACAGUGUGUGUUUCCAAAGUUUUGAUCGAUGAAGGCUUUGAGUACCAUAAACUCCUCAAAUCCAUGUCUUCCCGAAACCCAUUUCCUCAAAGUCCCUAUCUUUCACCCCUUCUUCAGGUUCAAGCCAUUCUCACACUCAUACAACACCCAUGGCCAUGUCCAUGGUGCAAAGAGAGCUCAUACUCUUCCAUUCGCCAUCAACUGCAAGCUUAAAAACUCUCAAGACAUAAAAAACAAUGGGAAGAGUGUGCCACAGAAGAUUGUCUUAUCAGAGGUGUCCCCUCCACCACUCACAGAGGAUGCUGAGAACAGUGAGGAUGUUCCAGAAAGCUCAAAGAAGAAGGGAAGCCCUUUUGGGGUGGUGAGGAUGCUGAGAAGGAAGACGUUGCAGAUUCUCUCUAAUUUGCCGUUGGCUAUUGGGGAAAUGUUCACAGUUGCUUCUUUGAUGGCUUUGGGCACAUUUAUUGAUCAAGGAGAAGCCCCCGAGUUUUAUUUCCAGAAAUACCCUGAAGAUCAUCCCGUGUUUGGAUUUUUUACUUGGAGAUGGGUUCUUGCCCUUGGUUUUGAUCACAUGUUUUCAUCCCCUAUAUUUCUUGGAGUGUUGGCUCUGCUGGGUGCAUCCCUCAUGGCUUGCACUUACACAACUCAGCUUCCCCUCAUCAAGGUUUCAAGAAGAUGGUCGUUUUUACACUCUGCUGAAGCCAUACGUAAGCAGGAAUUUUCAGAAUCGUUGCCAAGAGCAUCAAUCCAAGAUGUUGGUACUAUAUUGAUGGGAGCUGGAUACGAGGUAUUCUUGAAAGGACCAUCCUUAUAUGCUUUUAAAGGGCUUGCAGGUCGGCUGGCCCCUGUUGGAGUCCAUAUAGCAAUGAUACUGAUAAUGGCUGGAGGAACUCUUAGUGCUACUGGGAGCUUCAGAGGUUCAGUCACUGUGCCACAGGGGCUUAAUUUUGUUGUAGGUGAUGUUCUGGCUCCUAAUGGCUUUCUCUCCUCUCCAACUGAGGCUUUUAAUACAGAAAUUCAUGUCAACAGAUUCUACAUGGAUUAUUAUGAGAGUGGAGAGGUUUCGCAGUUUCACACUGAUCUUUCCCUUCUUGACAUGGAUGGGAAAGAAGUAAUGAGGAAAACAAUCAGUGUAAAUGAUCCUUUGAGGUAUGGGGGUAUCACCAUAUAUCAGACAGAUUGGAGUAUUUCGGCUCUGCAAAUUCUUAAGGACAAUGAAGGACCUUAUAACUUGGCUAUGGCACCUCUACAGAUCAAUGGAGAUAAGAAACUUUUUGGUACUUUUCUACCAGUUGGAGACAUUAACUCUCCUGAUGUUAAGGGAAUAUCUAUGCUUGCUCGUGAUCUACAGUCAAUUGUCCUUUAUGAUAAGGAAGGGAAAUUUGCGGGAGUUAGAAGGCCUAAUUCAAAGCUCCCAAUCAAUAUUGAUGGCUCAGAAAUUGUCAUUGUUGAUGCAAUAGGAAGUAGUGGCUUGGACUUAAAGACUGACCCUGGUGUGCCACUUGUAUAUGCUGGAUUUGGUGCUCUAAUGAUCACUACUUGCAUCAGCUAUUUGUCUCAUUCUCAGAUAUGGGCCUUACAAGAUGGGACAACAGUCAUCGUUGGAGGGAAGAGUAACAGAGGAAAGAUGGAGUUUCCAGAGGAGAUGAAUCUCUUACUUGAGAAGGUCCCUGAAAUAGUUGAAUCAACUCUUAGUGGUUAGCUUAUGGCUUUUGAGACAUCAAAAUGGGAUAGGAAGACUCUUCAAUUGGAUGAUUGUGACUUAUAUGGAUUAUAAUCCAAUUUGGAUAAACUUGUCAAUCAGGGCUUAUAAGAGAAGCAAAAAAAGAUAAAAUGAAUCAAAUUAUUCCUACAAGUUAAAAUCAAUUUAUGCACUUCAAUUUCUUUAGAAACACAUUUAAUUUCUCUAGAUGUUGAGGUGAAUAACUUGGUUUUAAUUUAUGGAAAAAAUAUGAUUUGUUUUUACCUCUAUUUCUUCUUCUAUAAGUGCUCAUUGCAAAAUUUUAUUCAAACUGAGAUAAAGCACAUUGGCAUACAGAUACAAAUUGCACUUCAUCAAUGAGGUGCCCGGAAUUUGUCUUGUUGGUUGAUCAGCCAAGGAUUUUACAGAUGCUCGAAGGAUGCCAUUGGGAAGUAAAUCAAGAAAAAUUUUUCUGCUCGUAUUAUAUGACAUUCUCUAGAUACCGAGUUCAAUAUACGUGUAUAUUUCCUCUAUUUUUUUGGUUAUUAAUCACAGAGCCAAAUUUAUCAAAUAUCUUAUGUAGUGUGUUAUUUUGACCCUCAUUUAAAUAAUUGGAAAGUGUAUGAGGUUGAAUUUCAA